AAUAUUUAUUUAUUAGAUCUGAUGCAACACACUCUACCUUAGUAACAGGAAGGCAUAGACCAAUUUGAUAGAUUUUCUAGAAUAUAGCAACACGUAUCAGCUUACAAUCCGUAUAAGAGCUUAAAUAGAUUAAAAGCUAUUGCUCGUGCAGUUCCAUGUUGCGAUUCGAUUCGAAAACUGUUUUGUAAAUCUGGCACAUAGCCGAGAUGUGCCCAAAGGGUUGUGGUUGGGUCAGCUCCAUUAAGAAGAGACCUUCAAUUAUGCAGCAUGGAAUUGUGAACGAAUGAGAAGCACACAGAUUCAUAUACAGUGCCAGUUGCAGCUUAACUCAAUCAGAUUCAGAUUGAGAUUCAGAUUCGGAUUCAGUUAGCGAAUAUUUUUUAGUAUUACUUAAAGUAAAGUGCGCUGUAAUCUGUCAUCUUCGUCUCCGUUUUUCAUCAUUGUCUGAAUUUGUGGUGCGGUUCUGUCUCUGGCUCUGUCAACAUUUUGCUAAAGAACACGGCAGGCGGCAUGCACUUCAAAAUGAAAUGCCUUCCUCCUCCGAUUCUCGAGUGUAAUUAAUUAAUUUCGCGCUCAUUUUGCAAUGCGAGCAUUGUUUGUUGUCGCUGCAACUGCAACUGCAAAACAUAAAUCAUAAUGUGCAAAUUUGCAUAAUGUUCGCUGGGGCCACGAUGCCAGCUCAGUGAUCGUUCUGCAUUGGGCUCGUGGACACGCGUCGUCGCCGGAACAGCCUCCAAGUAACCGAAGGCUCUGAAGGAUAUAUCAAGCAAUUAAAAACGUGUGAUUCGAAUUAUUUUUUGAGAAUGUCUCACGGUGAACGGAAAGCUCGCCUAAAUGUGGUUAAAUUUUUGGAAUUGGCCUUUUCCAUCGCCUGCCUUGUGCUGCAUUUCUACAGUUUCAACGAUCGCGACAUUAUGACGUCAUUCAUGGCAACGGGCACAUUCACCGGCUACAUUAUAGUUGUAAUUGGUGUAUUUGCAGGCGUUCUAAUGCGUGCACCUAUUCAUAAGCGCAUAGACAUCUUCUUCAGUGUCCUCGGCUGCGCCCUAUUUGUGGCCAGCGGCGUCUUCAUAAUAGAGGCCUGGGAGUUCUCGUUUCGUACGCGUACAAGGGAUUUAGCGCUGAUCAAGGCAUCGCUAUCUAUUGUGAAUGGUGUGUUGUUUGGGUUCGAUGCCAUCUUCACAUUUCGGGAUAAGUAAUAUAAUUAUCGAUAAAUCUAUAUAUAUAUUACAUAUAUUAUCGAUAUUCGCCCAAUGACCUUGCAUUUAAAUCUAAAUAAAUAACGUAUACGUACAUACAUAUUUAUGCUUAACAGAUGAACUUGCCAAUUUUCACAACGCAUUACUUUCAUACAUUUUUUAAAUCACAAAUUUAGUUAAAAAAAAAAAAAUAAAUAAAUAAACGAUCAAAAAGAC